AUGUCACCGCCAUCCAACAUAUCUGAUGCAGGAGAUGAAUACACGCCUCUGUUAUCCCAUGUCGAUCCAAUUCCAUUACCGGAGCCCGUUGACCCUUCGCUUCAACACAACUCAACAGAAGCUCAAGAUGGAUCAGACGACGAAUAUGAAGAAAAACCAUUACCCAAAGCACAGAUCCUUCUUCUCUGCUACACGAGUUGUAUAGCCCCCAUCGCCUUCUUCUCCAUCUUUCCUUAUAUCAAUUUCAUGAUUGAGAGGGUCGGAGGCAUGGAAAAAGAGGACGUAGGGUUCUAUUCUGGUCUGAUUGAGAGUUUGUUCAGUGCGACGCAGAUGUGUGUCAUGAUUCUCUGGGGGAAGGCCUCUGAUCGCUACGGAAGAAAACCUGUACUAAUAUUAUCACUCUGUGGUCUGACUGUUUCUGCUGUGCUGUUCGGAAUGAGCGAAUCACUUUGGCAGAUGGUGUUUGCGAGAUGUUUGGAAGGCGUCUUUGCGGGGACGGUCGUCACCGUGCGCGCCAUGCUUUCCGAGAAUAGCACAAAGCACACUCAAGCACGAGCAUUCAGUUUCUUUGCCUUCUCCAGCAAUAUGGGAAUCUUCAUUGGGCCGCUUAUUGGUGCUUUGGAGCGGCCAGCCAACAAAUUCCCUUCGACGUUUGGCAAAAUGCAAUUCUGGCACGACUACCCUUAUGCACUGCCUAAUUUCAUCGUCGCGACAAUGGCAUUUUUGGCUGUCAUCACCACUGUGCUUUUCGUAAAAGAGACGCUGCAUAUCCAUACCGAUAAGAAGAACGACGCCAACUCCAAACCCAAAAUGUCCAUCUGGGAACUGAUCAAGUACCCUGGCGUAACUCCAGUAUUGGUCAUUUACAACUACAUUAUGCUUCUAGCCUUCACUUUCACCGCCGUCUUUCCCGUAGCGCAGUAUACGCCCGUCGAUUUGGGCGGCCUUGGUUUCACCCCGGGCCUGAUUGCAGCAUGCACGGGUCUAAACGGCGCGUCUCAGGCUGCUUGGCUACUAAUCGUAUUCCCCAUACUUCAUAACCGUCUAGGUACUGGUCGUGUCCUUUGGUUGUGUGCAGCAGCCUGGCCUUUUCUGUUUGUUCUCGCUCCGGUGUACAACGUUUUGCUUCGGUAUGGGCAGAAUGUCAUCUUCUGGGCUACUGCGCCACCGUUCGUGGUUCUUGCUAGCGGUGUUGCGAUGGCUUUUACGAGUGUGCAACUUGCUCUCAAUGACAUCUCGCCCUCGCAUGAGACGCUUGCGACCCUGAAUUCUCUGGCGCUGGCGAUUCAGAGUGGAAUCCGAUCUGUUGCACCCGCUCUUGCGACUUGUAUAUACGCUGUUGGCGUUAAAUACAAAAUUUUGGGUGGUCAACUCUUUUGGGUCUUCCAGGUCAUUUUGGCAUGUGGGCUUUUUGUGCUGCUGAGGUUUUUACCUGCCAAGGUGAGUGGAGGUGGGAAGGCUAAGCAACAAGGUAGUUCUGCUUGAGAGACGAGGUGGUGUGUAAGGUCGGAGUCCUUUGGGAAUACAGUCAGGGGGUUUACUAUAGACACGAGAAGAAAAGGGAGUAUUCUGGUAUCUCAUCUCCUUUAUUCUUUCGGAACUAGACACUUUGUACCCCAGUGAUAGACAGAAUUACCACAGUCCUAGAUCAACCUCUAGAUAGAGCGGCUGUUCGUUUCGUUGAAACUGAACUUGACUACAUAUCCGCGCUUCUACACACUGCUAGUGCUACAGCUCUAGGGUCUAAUAUCUUUUUCGUAACUCUAUACACCACUCUUCUCGUAAA